UUCAAUUCAAAUGUGUCCAGUCCCAGAGGAAGACCGACGACCCAUUCAACUCAAAGUCCCAAACAAAUUAAGAGUACUGGCUGGGCGCGCGCACCGAAGCUGUCCUCCGGUUUCUGAGUUCCGACCGAAAAACUAAGGUGGCAGAUUCCCUUUCUUUUUGAUAAGAAACGUGUCGGUUCCAACAAGUUCCAUAUCAGCAAGCAGGAAGCCUGUAAUUAUGGAGGAAAAUAGAGUUCAACUGCUAAGCUCAGUUGAUGAUUUAUAUGGAGGAGUUCGUGUAAACGUGAAGGAUCCUAUGGAUUCUAACGCCUUUUCUACUUCGCUUCAAGCUUCAAUAUCACAAUGGAAGCAACAGGGGAAGACGGGCGUCUGGAUCAAAUUGCCCAUCGAACAAGCAAAUCUUGUUGAAGCUGCAGUUAAGGAAGGAUUUCGGUAUCACCAUGCUGAAGCAGAUUACUUAAUGCUUGUAUAUUGGAUUCCUGAAACUAUUGAUACUUUUCCUGCAAAUGCUUCACGUCGAGUGGGUAUUGGUGCUUUUGUCAUGAACAGUCAGAGACAGGUGCUUGUAGUUAUGGAGAAUAGUGGCAUAUUCAAAGGAACAGGUGUUUGGAAGUUCCCUACUGGGGUUGUUAAUGAAGGUGAGGAUAUUUGUACAGCUGCAGUUAGGGAAGUCAAAGAAGAGACAGGAAUUGAUACAGAAUUCGUUGAAGUUUUAGCAUUUAGGGAAAGCCACAAGUCAUUCUUUAGCAAAUCAGAUUUGUUCUUUGUUUGCAUGUUGCAACCACGCUCCUUUGACAUCCAGAAGCAGAAUCAGGAGGUUGAAGCAGCCCAGAUGUUGGGCAAGUCACACUGGAAAUAGGCAUAAAAUGUUUCAAACUUUUGUCAAUCGAUCCUACAUUCCUACUAGCUGCUACCUUUGGAUUAACUCUUCCAAAAUCAUACUAGCUGGGUGAAAGACCAUGAGCUAAAGUAAUCAGUUUGCAGUUCGUAUUUGAUGAAAGAAAUGAAUUUAAGGAACAGUCAGUUAUGUCUAAAGAAAUUGUCACAGCAUCCGUAUUAAAGCAUUUCAGUAACAUGUUUUUCUUCCAGCAUGUGCUGAAAUCAGGGUCUGGUUGAUAAGUCCAAUUGGGAACUUUUUAACCAGGACUUGUGAAUUGAUGCUUAGAACUUAUAUUGAAGUAAUGGAAAAGUAGGGAAGUUUGACUCAAAUAGGGCCUCCUAAAUUACUGAAAUAUA